AUGGACCCUAUAGUAAAUUUUAAUGGUUUUGGUUAUGAUCAUGUUAAAGAUGACUAUAAGGUGAUUCGGUGGUUAUAUUUCUAUGACAAUGCCGGCGUAGAUGAGCUAAGGAGGGAAUAUUUAGAUGUCGAACCAAUGUGGGAGAUAUAUAAUCUAAGAUGUAAUUCUUGGAGGAAACUUGAUAUUAAAAUGCCUUGUAGUGGUUCUAAUGAGAAAUUAUACGUAAAUGGAAUGUGUCAUUGGUGGAGUCUAAAUGAUGACAAUAAUUAUAGUAAUGCGGAGCCACGCUUGGUGUCAUUUGACCUAUGCAAUGAGGUGUUCCUUACAACACCUUUGCCCUCAGACAUGGUUGACCGUUAUGAUAUUUGUCAUUUAACAUUUUUAAAUGGGUCAAUUGGUUUCAUAAUGUAUGAUGAAACAACUACUUUUAACAUAAGAAUCUUGGGUGAGCUUGGUGUGAAGGAAUCAUGGGAUAAAAUCUUUACAGUUGAGCUCUUACCUUAUAUUGAGCGUCCUAUUGGAGUAGGGAAGAAAGGUGAUAUAUUCUUCAGAAAAGAUGAUGAUGAACUAGUCUCGUCUGAUUUGAGUAUACAAAUGAUUAAAGAGCUUGAUGCUAAAGGAUGCGAGUGCUGGUGCUAUAUAGCAAUUUAUAAAGAUAGUCUUCUCCCAAUUGAAGGUUUAUUAACUAUAUGA